CCACCUCCAUACUGUAGGGUGCAGAGCUCCGCAAACAGAUCGGACCACAGGAAUCAGGCCCUGCGUUUGCUUCGGGAGUUCCCGACUCCCUGUGUUGAGAACAGAGCCUUACUGACCCUCCAAGCCUGGCCGCACCCGGUGUUUGAAGGAGAUGCCCUGACCCUGCGAUGCCAGGGAAGGAAGCAUGCGGUCCUAUCCCACGUGAGGUUUUACAAAGACGGAAGUUACCUCCCGUCUUCUGAGGACAACCCUUCUCUGACCCUGGGGACAGCCACAGCGGCAAGCAGUGGCCAGUACAGCUGCACAGCACAGGUGACCUAUAUCCUGUAUGCGGGCACACAAACCUCAGAGACUAUCAUGGUUCAAGUCCAAGCGCUGUUCCCCCCUCCUGUGCUGAGCGCCAUCCCCUUUUCCCGACCCCGUGUGGGGAGCCCGCUGACCCUGAGAUGCCAGACACAGCUGCACCCCUGGAGGCCGGCCUCCCGGCUCCUCUUCUCCUUCUACAAAGGUGGUCAGGCCUUGACGGACUGGGACCCCCUCCCAGAACUCGAUAUCCCUGAUGUCCAGGCGGAGCACUCUGGAUGUUACAGGUGUAAGGCCGCCCUUAGGGCUGGUCCCGUCCAGAAGGACAGCCCCCUGCUGGAGAUCAGGGUGUGGGGCCCAGCUCCCGUGUCCCGACCUGUGCUCACCCUGAGACCACCACACACCAUCCUCACUGUGGGGGACAUGGUGGAGCUCCGCUGUGAGGCCGAGAGGGGCACCCCUCCAAUCCUGUACACGUUCUACCUGGACGGGAAGAUCCUGGGGAACCGCUCGGCUCCCCUUGGAGGCGCCACCUCCUUCCUCUUCCCAGUGAUGUCGCAGCAGGAUGCGGGGAACUACUCCUGCCAGGCAGAGAACAGCAUCUCCAAAGAGUCAAGCAAGCCAGAGACACUCUGCCUGGAUGGUUGGUCUUGUUCCCCUACUGGGCCCAGAGCCCCGCAGGCUGGCAGGGGUCAGAGCUCACUCCGCUGGGUGCUUCCCUCCAUGCUUGGAAUGGUGUUGGGCCCUGGGCAGGAACUACUGAGGCUGAGCGUGGCUCACUGGUUCCUGGAAUGGGGAAAUGACGUCAUUCAGUGCAGCCUGCUCUGCCAGCUGGCUGCCUCUGCCCCUGCCACCCAAGGAGGCUGGAGGCUCCUCACACCGGAAGGGCCCUUCUCCAGUUAUCCUAUUCAGUCCCCUGCCUUACGGGCAAAAGUUUGCAGGCCCAGCGCCCUCUCAAAAUCUAACCCUCUGUGA